AUGUCGGAAUCAGUAGACGACACCACACUAGCCCUUCAGUCUGACUUGUUCGAAUUCAACUUAAUGUUGGUGAGCGUAGAGACGGCAACAACGGUGAUCGAUGCCGAUCAGGGACCACCCCCGGAAUCGAAGUGCCUCGCCGACGUAUGGUUCGAGUUCACACCAAACCAGAGGGAGACCUUGAUUGAUCACCUCAAAUUGUUCCUCGCAAAGCUCAGAAACAUCAAAAUAGGAGACCUAGCUCACACCCCAGACAUUGGUGGCGACAGAUUCAUUCACAACCACCCUGUUUGUCGUCUGCGUUGCUACGACAGCCGGGCCUUUGUGGACAGGUUGAAGGAAUCGGUAGCGGCAACAAGAAUAAGACAGGACCGCAAAUUCGUCAUCAGAAAUAUUAUCGAACAACUGGCCCCGGCAUCGGCCGCCGAUAAUACUUUAGUCCUGACCCACGGCAACCUCUCCGACAAAAACAUCUUCAUCAACGAGGAUUACGAAACCAGCGGGGUGCGCAUUGUGGCCAUCGAUGGGUGGGAUGAAAUGGGCUUCUACCCGCCGUAUUAG